AUAACAUAGUUUGAAGUUAUUGCACUUUUUUUUGUUUUAUACAAAAAAGCAUGUCUCUCUGUAAAAUUUCAAAUUUUUACAUUUGUUUUUAAUAAGUAGCAAAUCGUCAUGCGAAUAGUAUUUGUAAUGAAAUUUCGUCGACGCGAAAUUAAGAAAUUUUAUUAGUACAUUUUUUCUAUUAUAAUCAAAUUAAGUUUACACCAAUGGAAUUCCAAGUUUUAUUACUGGUCCACAUUAUAGGUUUUUGUCUUGGUUUGAGGGAUGUUCAAGUUAAGGUGCCAGUCGCUGUAAGAAGAGGAGAGACUGUCACGUUAUUUUGCUGGUAUGACACGGAAGAUGAUCCUCUUUAUAUUGUCAAAUGGUACAAAGCAAGACGUGAAUUUUAUCAUUUUGCCCCUAAUGCAAAUCCAGCUAUUAAAACAUUUCCCAUUGGGGGCCUAAGGGUGAAUGAGGCCAAAAGCAAUGCGACUCAAGUUACACUCGACAAUAUAGAUUCGGAUUCGGCGGAUACUUAUAGUUGUGAAGUGUCUGCUGAUGCGCCUUCAUUUCAUACAGCCAUUGUGUCUGCUACAAUGAAUGUAGUUGAAUUACCUGAAGAAAAGCCAAUGGUAAUUGGAAUGCAACGAAAGUACAAAGUUGGAGAUUCAGUUAAAGUUACAUGCACAUCUGGUAGAAGUUAUCCACCUACUAACCUCACUUGGUUCAUCAAUGAUCGACCGCCUCAUGAUGCACAUGUACGUACAAUAAGUCCACUGGACACAAAUGAAUCAGAAGUGCAAUUCACUCAAAUUACGUUACAAUUUCUUGUAACAAAGGAACAUUUUGCUCAUGGAAAAUUAAAGAUACGUUGCACUGCGUCCAUAUAUUCAAUCUAUUGGCAAUCGUCGGAAGUGAGUGCCGACGAAGAUAAACUCAAUCGGCAUCAGGUGAAUUUUGUACCUGUAAUCACAGCCACUAGAUAUGGAGACCCCUACUAUCAGCCGCCUCCUAAUCAUCAAACUGGACAGAAAAUGCCCGACGGACAAAUUGAUGUUAAAAUACUCGGCUCAUCUGCAGGCAGUUUGAAAUCAGCGGUGCAAUUUAUUUUAGGAUUGUUAAUAAGUUUGCUAUUUGUCUAAAUUGAAAAGUUCUAUAUGUGCUUUGGAACUCUAUAUAUAGAUCGACGUGCUUUACAAAGUGAAAAACAAAAAAAAAGAAAAGAAGUUCUAUUGUAUUUGUAAAUGAAUUUUGUUUUCCAUUUUCCUUUAAGAUUGUUUAUUCUUCAUUUGAUAUAUAUGAGUAUUUGUAUAUAAAAAUAGUACAAAUUACUGCCACUUUUCAUUAUUUAGAUUAUUUAA